AUGACCAGCGGCACUGCAGAGCAAUGGGAAAGGAUCCAGCAGUUAGAAAAGGAGCACGUGGAAGUAUAUAGAGAGCUAUUGAUCGCGUUGGACAAGUUAUACUUGAUUAGAAAACACAAAUACCCAAUAAUAUUAAGCUCCGGUCAACAGCGCCUCUUGGAAAUCAGACACCAACUCCAAAUUAAUCUUGAGAAAACCGGUCUUCUUAUUAGACUGUUGGAGAAGCCGGACAAUAGCAAUAUAUUAUUUACGAAGCUACAAAACCUCUUAGACGAAAGCAAUUCUCUAGACUACGAGCUCUUGCAAUCGUUGGGUACACAAUCUUCAUUGCACAAACAGUUAAUUGAAUCAAAAGCGGAACGCGAUGAAUUGAUGUCCAAACUGAUUGAGAUAUCGUCGAGGUUUCCCGAACCAUCUACACCACCAGACGAUAAUGAUGCUACAGGAAAACAAGUUGAGAUAGAAAAGGAAAAUGAAACGAUACAAGAAUUGAUGAUUGCUUUACAGAUACAUUCCGGAUAUACAAACAUAUCCUAUGCAAUUUGA